CCUCCUUACUCCCAGAUCUGUUACCAUGGUAACCUGGUUUUUUCUUUAAAAAAUGUACAGUGCCAAGAGGAGGAAGAUGGCUGACAAAAUCCUCCCUCAAAGGAUCCGGGAGCUGGUCCCUGAAUCCCAGGCUUACAUGGACCUCCUGGCGUUUGAGAGGAAACUGGAUCAAACCAUCAUGCGGAAGCGGGUGGACAUCCAGGAGGCCCUGAAGAGGCCGAUGAAGCAAAAGCGGAAGCUGCGUCUCUAUAUCUCCAAUACGUUUAACCCUGCGAAGCCCGAUGCUGAGGAUUCUGAUGGCAGCAUCGCCUCCUGGGAGCUGCGGGUGGAGGGGAAACUCCUGGAUGACCCCAGCAAGCAGAAGCGAAAGUUCUCAUCCUUCUUUAAGAGUUUGGUCAUUGAACUAGACAAAGACCUUUAUGGCCCUGACAACCACCUAGUUGAGUGGCACCGGACGCCCACCACCCAGGAGACGGAUGGGUUCCAGGUGAAGAGGCCGGGGGACCUGAGUGUGCGCUGCACGCUGCUCCUCAUGCUGGACUACCAGCCUCCCCAGUUCAAACUGGAUCCCCGCCUGGCCCGGCUGCUGGGCUUGCACACGCAGAGCCGCUCAGCCAUCGUGCAGGCCCUGUGGCAGUAUGUGAAGACCAACAGGCUGCAGGACUCCCACGACAAGGAAUACAUCAACGGGGACAAGUAUUUCCAGCAGAUUUUUGAUUGUCCCCGGCUGAAGUUUUCUGAGAUUCCCCAACGCCUCACAGCCCUGCUGUUGCCCCCUGACCCAAUUGUCAUCAAUCACGUCAUCAGCGUGGACCCGUCGGACCAGAAGAAGACGGCGUGCUAUGACAUUGAUGUGGAGGUGGAGGAGCCACUGAAGGGGCAGAUGAGCAGUUUCCUCCUGUCCACGGCCAACCAGCAGGAGAUCAGCGCUCUGGACAGUAAGAUCCAUGAGACGAUUGAGUCCAUAAACCAGCUCAAGAUCCAGAGGGACUUCAUGCUAAGCUUCUCCAGAGACCCCAAAGGCUACAUCCAAGACCUGCUCUGCUCCCAGAGCCGGGACCUCAAGGUGAUGACAGAUGUGGCAGGCAACCCUGAGGAGGAGCGCCGCGCUGAGUUCUACCACCAGCCCUGGUCUCAGGAAGCGGUCAGCCGCUACUUCUACUGCAAGAUCCAGCAGCGCAGGCAGGAGCUGGAGCAGUCGCUGGUGGUGCGCAACACCUAGGAGCUCUGCAAGUGAGCACCGCGGGCCAGCGCCGCCUGACCCAGGCUCUGCCAGCACCCCUCUGCCCACCUGUGGGAGGUGGGGAACUGGAUUAAAGGUCAUUCAUCUG